AGAAUGCCUGGUUAAAUUUCGCUACUGGCAGCAGCAAAAAGAAGAAGACCACACCCAUCAACAAAAAGAGCAUAUUCAAGACACCCGACAACCCUGAGGGCAAAGUCGGUGUUGUGGGAAGUGGCAAGGGAAUGACAACGUAUCAACAGCGAGGAAAGCAUAUUUAUUCUGCCUCGAGUACAGAAGAAAGUUAACGUGUGUAACGAUAAAUAAAAAUUUAAAAAGGGACUUGGUUUUUUUUUGUGGGGGGAGGGGGAAAAAAUAAAUCUCCACACACAAAUAAUUUCUUUUUUUUUUUUUUUCUCUCUCCUCCUUCUCUCAUUUUUUUGUAUGUUGCCUCAGUUUGGGUUUAUUGUUGCACAGGCAGGUGCGGAUUCUUUACAUCCCAACCCUAUAAAUAAUAUGUCUUCAUCCCAAGCAACGCAAUCAAGUAAAGCAUACCCACCCACUUCCACGGUUACUACGACAACCACCAAUAAUAAUAACAGCAACAACCAUAGCAAUGAGCAAGCACCUUAUUAUUAUACGCGACACCCUUCUCCUCCUACCUGCUCUACUCCUAUGUUACCUCCCCCACUUCCUUAUAUGUAUAAUGCAAUGCCCUCCAUGGGGAGAGACGAUUAUUAUGCUAAUAAAUAUUAUCCACCUUCCGUACCACCACCAGUGGCAGCACAAACAUCAUAUGAUCAGCAUCACUAUAGACCACUUCAACCACUGCCUCCUCCACCCAGUAAUAGUAAUAAUAAUCAUCAUGGCUGGCAUUCUACUGACAGUCCCUACCCUCCUCCUCCUCUUCCUCCGCCAGUUCAACCAGCUCAACCAGCGUCUCUUCCUCCUCCUCCUCCCUCGUCUAUACAUCAUCAUCAUCAUCAGCAACACCAGCAGCAGCAACAACAACAAGGCUGGCAUCAAACUCCGUCACCUUACCAUCACCCGCCUCCACCACCACCACCACCUCCUCCUGUCCAGAAUCAUCCAAUGAUUGUAAAUACCCCUUCUGUAACUCACCACAAUGAUUAUUAUGAUUACAACAAUAGAUGGCAAGAACCAAUAGAAUUAAAUGAGAACAAAAUGUUACGUCGGAUACGGGAAUUCAAUGAUUUGAUGUCAUGGAUGGAUAGUGAAUUCUGGGAACAAUGCGAUGAAAUAUAUCGGGAGAAGUUACAAUCAUUGCACGAUGAAAUACAAACCAUUCAACAAGGCACGCAUUCAGCAUUCACUGAUUCACUGUCGGACAUUGAAAUACGUCGCGAACAGACAAUCGAAUAUGCAGAGUAUUUUAAAGACUAUGAAUUAUCAUUGGCCAACCAUCAAUACGAUCAAGACAAAUCCAUUUUGCAAGAAGAAUACGAGAACGAAAGGCACAAUUUGCAUGAUAUGGUAUUACAGUCGAUUGAUGAUAGAAGAAAACAAAUCAAGGAAGAUAAGGACGAUAGUGAAUUUGAUAUCGGUGAUUUGUUUCGUGAUGCUUAUUCUAAAGUGAAUAACAAGCGUAGUUUACGUAAAAGAGCUGCAUUAGAAAGAACAAAUAGUGCAUCGCCGUCUCGUCAAGAGAGAAGAAGAACGAACCGACAAGCCACUCCUUAUAAUAUUAAUUCUGCACCGCUUGCAGCAGAAGAAGAAGAAUUAGAAUCUGAAUAUAUAAACAUGAAGGUAAAUUUAAAUGUAUAUAAAAGACGCGUUUCAAUAAACAUUUGUAUAUAAAAAAAAAAUAAAAAAAAUAGGGUGGACUACCACCAAGAAGAUCUGGUGCUACAACUCAAACUAGACGAUAGAAUUACGCGACAUACACAAUCAACAAUAAUACACAUCUCUCACUCACUCACACUCUCUCACUUUUUUUUUUUUUUUUUUUUUUUUUUUUAAUUUCCUAUACUAAUAAUA